UUCCAUCUUGGAAUCAAUACUGUGUAUUGGCUCCAAGGCAGAAGAGUGGUAAGGGCUAGGCAAUGGGGGUCAAGUGACUUGCCCAGGGUCACACAGCUGGAAAGUGGCUGAGGCCAGAUUUGAACCUAGGACCUCCUGUCUCUAGGACUGGCUCUCAAUCCAUUGAGCUACCCAGCUGCCCCCCCCCAACCUUCUUGUUUUACAGAUGAGGAAACUGAGAUCCCCAAUGGUUUGGAGGGCUGCCCAUUAGUAGCAACUGGAACAGUUGGUAUUUGAAAACCUUCUGAUUGUAAAUUCUGAUUCUGAUUCUAAAUCUAUCCUCCACACCAUGCUUCAUCCUUUUAUUCAUUCCAUAAAUUCAACAUUCAGUGUUUUGAAGAGUUUAUUAUGGAGGCAGUUAGGUGGUUUAGUGGGUAGAAAACCAGAUCUGGAGAUGAGAGGGUUCAAAUCUGAACUCAGAUUCUUCAUGGCUGUGUGAUCCUGGGCAAGUCACUUAACCUCAAUUACCUAACCCUUACUGCUCUUCUUCAUUGAAAUCAAUACUUAGAUAAGAUAGAAGGGUUAGAGGGAAAAAAGUAUACUAUAGGAGAAACAUGGGGCAAGGUACUGCAGGAGAGAGUACCUUAUGGAGAUAAGACCAGAUCACUGUGCUCCUAGGGCUUUGAGAGAGGUAGAAGGAGGAAGGAGCAAUGGAGAUGACUGGAAUAAACUAUGCUGGUGAUAAGAGCUUUAGAGCCUGUGAGACAGAGUUAGAGGCCAGGAAGAUAAAGCAUCUUACCUUCUGGAUUCUGCUAGGAAGCCCAGAAGGAAAUAGGUCAGAGCCCUGUUGAAUAAUACAUGAAAACUUGUUUUAAAGUUUCAGAUUAACCUUUGUUGAUCUAAACCAAUUUAAACACAAUGAGGGAAGGCCUUGCCAUUUUUAAUUGCUCUGGGCACUCCUUCUCCAUUCUUUCUCUUGCUUCCUUUCCAACCAUUUCCCUCUCCUGUGAAGGGAUUUUUUUUUUUUUGGCCAACAAGGCCAUCACAGCUGUAUUUCUUGAGAUCCUUGGCAUCUCCAAAAUAGGGGGAAGAGAAGCCUUCCAGGAGUCAGUGGGCACCAAACCAACUUUUUCACUGGACUCUUCCAUUAUUUUUAUAGCAGGAAAAAUGUAUUUUUGUGAUUGUUCCUGGAAAGUGUGGAAUGUUUUGUAUACAUAAAACACAUGCAAAUAAAGUCUGUUGAUUUCUCCCUGCCCACCUGUUAAAAUUAUUUAAACAGUUCCUUCUAGCAAAGAAUUGUUUGAUUUCUUUGAUGAAGCUAUGUUGGGUUAGGGUUAUUCUCUCUCUGGACUCAGCUCACUGAAUUUUGAAAUUGUUUCUUCCUCUUUUACAACAAGAAACUCUCAGGCAUUUAGGCUUUGGAGGUGAGCCAUCCAUCCCUAAAUGGUCCUUUUCUUUCAGGAUAGUACAAACUGACUUCAAGGAUCUGUAAAUUCAUGAUUCAGUAGAAAAGACACAGGCUUUAGAGUCAGAGAUCUCGGAUUUGAAUCCUGCCCCUGAUACUUACUAGCUGUUGUGUGAGUGACUUUGGGCAAGUUCCUUUAUAAUUCCUACAAUUUUGUGUUCUGACCUGUAAAAUGAGGAGUUUGGAUGAAUGGGCUCUGAACUCCCUUCUAUCUCAAUGUCUCUGAACUUCUCUUAAAAGACAAUCCUAUCUGGAGGGUAUUUCCUUCUUUGAUGAAUUCUCAAUGACUUUAGGAGUUGCUAUGAUUACAAAUGUCAUCAAAAUGGUAGACCUUCAUUAAGCUUUGUUCCUAGCUAGAGUGGUCCAAGUCAUGUCAACAGCCAGGGUGACCCAUAGCCAAGUCGUUUUAGCUCAGUAUAGAGCAGAGCUCUAUAGCUAGAGCUGGCAUUCCACUGUGGAAUUAGCCUCAGGAUCCAUAAAUCCAAAUUGUUCUUCAGGUCCUUCCUAGCUGUGUGACCUUACACAGAUCACUUACCUUCUCUGGGUCUCUGUUGACUUAUCUAUAAAUAAGAGGCCUGACUCUAUGGCCUCUGAAGUCUUUCCAGCUCAUGAUCGUAACUUAAGAGUUGCCUCCAUGUUCCCAUUGGCUAUCAUCAUACAAACCGGGAAAGUGCUUGAAAAGGAGGGUGAAACCUGAGAUGAGUCUUUAUCUCAGUGAUUGAUCGGGACCCAGGAUCCUCUGCAGCCUGCCUUAGCAUUAGGCACCAUAGCUAAAGGAUAGGAGUGGUUUCCAGUUUUAUCACUGGUCCUCCAAAACCAGAGGAGGAUCUUCCAUCCUUCAGUCUCAAACAUGGCGGCCGAGUAGAGGCUGUUUGUGGGAAUCUGUACCUUUCAGGUAUCAUAAGUGUGGGGAGGAUGCUCCCUGGGAGCCCGAAUUCACCCCAUGGAUCCGGCUGGGUGCCAUGCUUCAGGCUGAUCCCACACUGGAGCAGCCAGCCCCACCAAGUCUUGUGCACUUGCGAUCAUGAACUAUUGGAGCGUGCCCAAAUCUCCUGACUCUGCGAUCUGUUCAUUCCAGCCUGGCAGGCUUCUUCAAGGAUUUUCUUUUUGCCAAGCAGGAUUCCAAUCCUUAGAGUUCCAUUUCUUGAUCCUAGGAGGGAUUUCUAAGUGGAGGCACUGGAACAUGUUUCUUGUGUUUGGGGGUGGGGGUGGGGUACGGCUUCCUGCAUUUCUUAUCCCGUGCCUACACUGCAGCUUUUUCCUGGGACUUGUGCAGGCCUUGAACCUUGCUGCUAUUUCCCCCUCCCAUGAUGAAUAUUCAGGAGCUGCAGUCACUGAGGGACUCAGGUGGCAGGGAGAGUAAGGUGAUUGAAGCCAGCCCUCCAUGAAAGCCCCAAUCUCCAUAUUUGCCCACUCGGACCAGGGGAUUCCACUCGCCAUUGGCCCAUUCUGGGGCCAUGGGCUACAGCCAGAGAACGGUGCCGGGACCCUCCGAUGAAUCGGGCAUCUGUUCGGCACGCCAACACGAUCACAUCUUUCUGUGUGAUGUGUUGUAAUAAGCAUGUUGUUUUUCCAAAGACAAGGCUUUCUGUAAUCCUCUCUCACCAAAUGCCCUGGGAUUGAUAAUUCAGCAUAAAGGACGCACUGUUGGGACCAGCAAGGCAUGCAUUGUUUCCUCCAUCAUGCACCGGGGUCUCCGGAGCAGAGUGACAUUUGAUGCAAAGAAAUGUCUUUAAUUUUUCUGGUUACCAUCAGCAGUUAAGCUAACGUCGGAACUGCUCCAUUCUCUUAGAGGUUAAAUGCUUCUCCGAGCAGCCCGGCAGGGAUGGAUAAAUUGCAGCCCUGUCCUUUUUUCGAGGGUUUCUAAAAUAGAUUUUCAGAAUCGGUGCUGGCUGCUGGCUGCUGCCUGUGUGGUGACUCUGGAUUUUUUCUCCUACGGGGGAGCAUCCUUUGCUGUGUUCCCCCUUCCGUGAGAGGACUUAGGCACUUCCAGCUGGUGGCAGGGGAUACAGCCACAAUCCAGCAGCCUUCUCUGUCCCAGCUGUCUUUUUCAUUACGUUAAAUGCAUUACUAUGGCUGCACCCUUUUGCGAAGGCUCAGGUAAAGGAAGGUGUAGGAGGAAGCCGGAGACCAGGCGUUUUUCUGCCUCAGCCUGAGCUUCAGCCAGCAUCUCUGCCUGUCUUUUCAAUGCCUUCCUGCUUCUGGCCAAAAGGACUCUUGUCAGGGAUUGGAAUGUUUCUGUGAAGCUGCUUAAAGGUGCCCGAGGAGAUCACCUUCUCAUCUUUCUUCUCCCUCCAAGGAAGCUCUGUCUUUAAGGAUUUCUUAAAUGCAUUAUGGCUCAUGCAGCAUCCCAGUUAAAGAAAAACAGGGAUUUAGAAAUCAAUGCUGAAGAGGAGACUGAGAAAAAAAGGAAGCACCGAAAACGGUCCCGAGAUCGGAAGAAAAAGUCCGAUGCCAAUGCCAGCUACCUGAGGGCCGCUCGAGCUGGAAACUUGGAAAAGGCCCUUGACUACAUCAAGAAUGGAGUCGAUAUCAACAUCUGCAAUCAGAAUGGGUUGAAUGCACUCCAUCUUGCUUCCAAAGAAGGGCACGUGGAAGUCGUCUCCGAGCUGAUACACCGAGACGCCAACGUAGAUGCAGCCACGAAGAAAGGAAAUACAGCUUUGCACAUAGCAUCCCUGGCAGGGCAGACGGAAGUCGUGAAAGUACUGGCAACAAAUGGAGCCAACCUCAAUGCACAAUCUCAGAAUGGGUUUACACCAUUGUAUAUGGCAGCCCAGGAAAAUCACCUGGAAGUCGUCAAGUUUCUUCUGGAUAACGGCGCAAGUCAGAGCCUGGCCACCGAGGAUGGAUUCACACCCUUGGCGGUAGCUUUACAACAAGGCCACGACCAAGUGGUUUCAUUACUUCUUGAAAAUGACACAAAAGGAAAAGUCCGGCUUCCUGCGCUCCAUAUAGCAGCUCGAAAAGAUGACACAAAGGCUGCUGCCCUCCUGCUACAGAAUGACAGUAAUGCAGAUGUAGAAUCAAAGAUGGUGGUGAAUAGGACAACUGAGAGUGGCUUCACCCCGCUUCACAUUGCCGCCCACUAUGGAAAUAUCAACGUAGCCACGUUGCUGUUAAACAGAGGUGCUGCUGUAGACUUCACUGCAAGGAAUGACAUCACGCCCUUACACGUGGCCUCAAAACGAGGAAAUGCCAACAUGGUGAAAUUGCUGCUUGAUCGGGGAGCCAAGAUUGAUGCCAAAACCAGGGAUGGGUUGACCCCUCUCCACUGUGGAGCGAGGAGUGGUCAUGAGCAGGUUGUGGAAAUGCUCUUGGAUCGAGCCGCCCCAAUCCUCUCCAAAACCAAGAAUGGAUUAUCUCCAUUGCAUAUGGCGACACAAGGGGACCACCUAAACUGUGUCCAGCUUCUCCUCCAACAUAACGUGCCUGUUGAUGACGUCACUAAUGACUACUUGACCGCCCUGCACGUUGCUGCCCACUGUGGCCACUACAAAGUUGCCAAGAUUCUCUUGGACAAGAAAGCUAACCCUAAUGCCAAAGCACUGAAUGGUUUCACACCCCUUCAUAUCGCCUGUAAGAAGAACCGAAUUAAAGUGAUGGAGCUUCUCCUGAAACACGGUGCAUCCAUCCAAGCUGUAACGGAGUCGGGCCUCACCCCAAUCCAUGUGGCUGCUUUCAUGGGGCAUGCGAAUAUCGUAUCUCAGCUCAUGCAUCAUGGAGCAUCGCCAAACACCACUAAUGUGAGAGGAGAGACAGCUCUGCAUAUGGCAGCCCGUGCCGGCCAAUCUGAAGUUGUGAGGUAUCUGGUCCAAAAUGGAGCCCAGGUAGAAGCUAAAGCAAAGGAUGACCAGACGCCACUGCACAUUUCAGCUCGGCUGGGAAAGGCCGACAUCGUCCAGCAGCUUUUGCAACAAGGAGCCUCUCCAAACGCGGCCACCACUUCCGGGUACACUCCUCUGCACCUUUCGGCACGAGAGGGGCACGAGGAUGUUGCCUCGGUUCUCUUGGACAAUGGUGCAUCGUUAGCCAUAACAACAAAGAAAGGAUUCACCCCCCUUCAUGUGGCUGCAAAGUACGGGAAGCUGGAAGUAGCCAACCUCUUGCUUCAGAAAAGUGCAUCUCCAGAUGCUGCUGGAAAGAGUGGUUUAACUCCAUUGCAUGUGGCUGCCCACUAUGAUAACCAGAAAGUGGCCCUGCUUCUCUUGGACCAAGGAGCCUCACCCCACGCAGCUGCAAAGAACGGUUACACGCCGCUGCACAUCGCCGCCAAAAAGAAUCAGAUGGACAUAGCCACCAGCCUGCUCGAGUAUGGCGCAGACGCCAACGCCGUGACCAGGCAAGGGAUCGCCUCUGUGCACCUGGCUGCCCAGGAGGGCCUCGUGGACAUGGUGUCCUUGCUCCUCUCCAGAAAUGCCAACGUGAACCUUAGCAAUAAGAGUGGCCUGACACCACUCCACCUGGCCGCCCAAGAGGACAGGGUGAACGUGGCCGAGGUCCUUGUGAAUCAGGGAGCAGCCAUUGAUGCCCCAACCAAGAUGGGCUACACGCCACUCCAUGUGGGUUGCCACUAUGGAAACAUCAAGAUCGUUAACUUCCUGCUCCAGCAUUAUGCGAAGGUUAAUGCCAAAACGAAGAAUGGGUACACACCCCUCCACCAGGCAGCCCAGCAGGGCCACACACACAUCAUUAAUAUCUUACUGCAGAACAAUGCCUCCCCCAACGAACUCACUGUGAAUGGAAACACAGCCCUGGCCAUUGCCAAAAGACUCGGCUACAUCUCGGUGGUCGACACCCUAAAGGUGGUCACAGAGGAGACCAUGACAACAAUCACGGUCACAGAGAAGCACAAAAUGAAUGUUCCCGAAACAAUGAAUGAAGUCCUCGAUAUGUCGGAUGAUGAAGGUGAAGAUGCAAUGACAGGAGAUACCGACAAAUAUCUUGGGCCCCAAGACCUCAAAGAACUGGGAGAUGAUUCUCUGCCCGCGGAAGGAUACAUCGGCUUCAGCCUGGGCGCCCGCUCAGCCAGUUCGGAUAGGUCUUACACACUGAACAGAAGCUCUUACGCCCGGGACAGCAUGAUGAUCGAAGAAUUGCUGGUGCCAUCAAAGGAUCAGCACUUGACAUUUACAAGGGAAUUCGAUUCCGAUUCUCUUAGGCAUUAUAGCUGGGCUGCAGACACUCUGGACAAUGUCAACCUUGUCUCGAGCCCCAUCCACUCUGGGUUCCUGGUGAGUUUCAUGGUGGAUGCUCGAGGUGGCUCCAUGAGAGGAAGCCGCCAUCAUGGGAUGCGAAUCAUUAUUCCACCACGCAAGUGCACGGCACCUACUCGAAUCACUUGCCGACUGGUAAAGAGACAUAAGCUGGCCAACCCACCCCCCAUGGUGGAAGGAGAGGGAUUAGCCAGUAGACUGGUAGAAAUGGGGCCUGCGGGGGCACAAUUCUUAGGCCCAGUCAUAGUGGAAAUUCCGCACUUUGGAUCAAUGAGAGGCAAGGAAAGAGAACUCAUUGUUCUCCGGAGUGAAAAUGGUGAAACGUGGAAAGAGCAUCAAUUUGACAGCAAAAAUGAAGAUUUAACUGAGUUACUUAAUGGCAUGGAUGAAGAGCUGGAUAGCCCCGAAGAGUUGGGAAAGAAACGUAUCUGCAGGAUAAUCACAAAGGACUUUCCCCAGUACUUUGCGGUGGUCUCGCGGAUCAAGCAGGAAAGCAACCAGAUGGGCCCAGAAGGCGGUAUCUUGAGCAGCACCACUGUACCCCUGGUUCAAGCAUCCUUUCCUGAGGGGGCUUUGACCAAAAGGAUCCGAGUGGGCCUUCAGGCUCAGCCUGUUCCUGAAGAAAUUGUGAAAAAAAUCCUUGGAAAUAAAGCAACUUUUAGCCCAAUUGUCACCGUGGAGCCAAGAAGAAGGAAAUUCCAUAAACCAAUAACGAUGACCAUUCCUGUGCCUCCCCCCUCUGGAGAAGGCGUAGCCAAUGGCUACAAAGGAGACAACACGCCCAACCUGCGCCUUCUUUGUAGCAUUACAGGAGGAACAUCGCCUGCGCAGUGGGAGGACAUCACGGGAACCACACCAUUGACAUUCAUAAAGGACUCUGUCUCUUUUACGACCAAUGUUUCAGCCAGAUUUUGGCUUGCGGAUUGCCAUCAAGUUAUGGAAACCGUCGGAUUGGCUUCCCAGCUCUACAGGGAAUUAAUAUGUGUCCCAUACAUGGCCAAGUUUGUGGUAUUUGCCAAAAUGAACGAUCCUUUGGAAUCUUCCUUACGUUGCUUCUGCAUGACAGACGAUAAAGUGGACAAAACUUUGGAGCAGCAAGAGAAUUUCGAGGAAGUUGCAAGAAGCAAAGAUAUCGAGGUCCUGGAAGGAAAGCCCAUUUAUGUCGAUUGUUAUGGGAAUCUGGCCCCCCUUACCAAAGGAGGACACCAACUCGUCUUUAACUUCUAUGCUUUCAAAGAGAAUAGACUGCCCUUUUCUGUCAAGAUCAGAGACACGAGUCAAGAGCCCUGCGGCCGUUUGUCAUUUCUGAAAGAACCAAAGACGACGAAAGGAUUGCCACAAACAGCUGUUUGCAACUUAAAUAUUACCCUUCCAGCCCAUAAAAAGACGGAGAAAGCAGACCGUCGUCAGAGUUUUGCAUCUAUGGCCCUACGUAAGCGCUAUAGCUACUUGACUGAGUCUGGAAUGAAAACAGUUGAACGGAGUGCAGGAACCACGAGAUCCCUACCCGUCACUUGUUCCUCAUACAAGUCAUUCUUUUCUACGAGACCCUAUCAGUCCUGGACGACAGCUCCAAUGACAGUGCCCGGACAAACCAAGUCAGGCUUGACUUCCUUGUCCAAUUCUUCUUCUAAUACUCCAUCAGCUUCUCCAUUAAAGUCAAUAUGGUCUGUUUCUUCUCCUUCUCCAAUCAAAUCCACCUUAGGCGCUUCAACAACUUCUUCAGUUAAAUCCAUUAGCGAUGUGGCAUCUCCAAUUAGAUCCUUCCGGACAGUGUCUUCACCAAUAAAAACGGUUGUUUCACAGCCUCCCUACAAUAUCCAAGUCUCUUCUGGGUCACUUGUUAGAACUCCCACCAUAACUGAGGCUGCUAUCACGCCUUUAAAAGGGCUGGCGUCCAGUUCAGCAUUUUCCUCUCGGACCUCCCCGGUGACCACAGCCGGCUCCCUUUUGGAGAGGUCAUCCAUUACCAUGACUCCCCCAGCAUCCCCUAAGUCCAACAUUAACAUGUAUACUUCGACCUUGCCCUUUAAGUCUAUCAUCACAUCUGCAGCACCACUGGUGUCUUCACCUUUAAAGUCCGUGGUGUCUCCCGCUAAAUCGGCAGUCGAUGCUGUUUCCUCCACCAAAGUGAUGGUGGCAUCUUCUCUCUCUUCUCCCGUGAAACAUAUGACUGGGCACGCAGAGGUAGCAUUAGUUAAUGGGUCUAUUUCGCCUCUGAAAUAUCCAUCAUCUUCAGCUUUAAUUAAUGGAGCCAAAGCUUCAGCCACUGCCACACUACAAGAAAAGAUUUCCGCAGCCACCAACUCCAUUAGCUGCGGCGUUAGUGCAGCCGCCGAUACGGUCGAGAAAGUGUUUUCCACCACAAGCGCCAUGCCAUUUUCCCCACUCAGGUCCUACGUGUCUUCAGCGCCAUCUGCUUUUCAGGCUAUGAGAACUCCUUCUGUGAGUGCCCUCUACACAUCCCUGGGGUCCUCGAUAUCAGCAACUACCUCAUCAGUGACUUCAUCCACAAUAACUGUGCCCGUCUACUCUGUAGUCAAUGUUUUGUCAGAACCAGCACUGAAGAAGCUCCCAGACUCCACCUCGAUUACAAAAUCUGCAGCCGCCUUGUUGUCACCCAUUAAAACAUUGACUCCAGAGACACGUCCUCAGCCCCACUUCAAUCGGGCAUCUUCCCCAAUGAAGUCAUCCUUGUUCCUCUCGCCCUCUGCUCUUAAACUGUCCACGCCGUCUUCUUUGUCAUCAAGUCAGGAGAUACUGAAGGAUGUCGCUGAGAUGAAAGAGGACCUAAUACGAAUGACCGCCAUCUUGCAGACAGAUGUGGCCGAGGAAAAACCGUUCCAACCAGAACCGACCAAAGAGGGGAGAAUCGACGAUGAAGAACCGUUUAAGAUUGUGGAGAAAGUCAAGGAAGACUUGGUCAAAGUUAGUGAGAUUCUCAAGAAGGAUGUGUGUGUGGAGAGCAAAGGGGCAUCUGUCGUUUUGAAAAAUGACAAAGGACACUCCGCUGAAGAGGACUGGACAGAGUUUAGUUCAGAAGAAAUAAAGGAAGCAAGACAGCAAGCCUCUCCGUGCCCUCUUGCAUCCGCACCAGAGAAGGUCCAAAUAAAAGCAAAAACCACGUCUGAAAAGGAUUACAACCUGACCAAAGUAAUCGAUUACUUAACCAAUGAUAUCGGGAGUAGCUCGUUAACGAACUUAAAGUACAAGCUUGAGGAUGCAAAGAAAGAUGGCGAGGAGAGGCAGAAAAGGAUUUUAAAACCAGCAAUCGCUUUGCAGGAGCACAAGCUUAAGAUGCCUCCGGCCUCCAUGAGGCCCUCCACCUCGGAAAAAGAAUUGUGCAAAAUCGCAGAUUCCUUCUACGGGACUGACACCAUCUUGGAAUCUCCCGACGAUUUCUCUCAACACGACCAAGAUAAAAGCCCCUUAUCGGACAGCGGCUUCGAAACGAGAAGCGAGAAGACGCCUUCCGCGCCCCAGAGCGCAGAGAGCACGGGUCCCAAACCCCUUUUCCACGAAGUUCCCAUCCCUCCGGUCAUCACAGAGACAAGGACCGAAGUGGUUCACGUGAUCCGGAGCUACGAGCCUUCUUCGGGAGAGAUCGCCGAGGCCCAAGAAAGGCCCCUGUCGCCCAAGCCCUCGCCACCCUUCAUGGAACUGGAGCCAAAGCCGACCACGUCGAGUAUUAAAGAGAAGGUCAAAGUAUUUCAGAUGAAAGCCAACGGGGAAGAGGAGGACCGUAGCCGGGCGACGGGCAAAGGCGUCCGCGUCAAAGAAGAGACCCACAUAACCACGACCACGCGGAUGGUGUACCACUCGCCGCCGGGCAGCGAAGGCAGCUCGGAGAGGAUCGAGGAAACCAUGUCUGUCCACGACAUCAUGAAAGCCUUUCAGUCCGGACGGGACCCGUCCAAGGAACUGGCAGGUCUGUUUGAGCACAAGUCUGCCGUGUCACCAGACGUGCACAAGUCUGCUGCUGAGACCCCAGCCCAGCAUGCAGAGAGGGACAGCCCAAUGAAACCCAAACUGGAGCGUAUAAUAGAGGUCCACAUCGAAAAAGGUAACCAAGCCGAACCCACUGAAGUCAUUAUUAGAGAGACCAAAAAGCAUCCCGAAAAGGAAAUGUUUGUGUAUCAGAAAGACUUAUCUCGGGGCGAUAUUAACCUAAAAGAUUUUCUGCCUGAGAAACAUGAGGCUUUUCCCGGUUCAGAGGAGCAGGGCCCGCCAGAGGAAGAGGAGCUAACCGCGGAGGAGUCCCUGCCUUCCUACCUAGAGUCUUCGAGAGUAAACACUCCCGUGUCCCAGGAAGAAGACAGCCGCCCUAGUUCUGCCCAACUCAUGUCUGAUGACUCGUACAAAACGUUGAAGCUCUUGAGUCAGCACUCAGUAGAAUACCAUGAGGAUGAGUUGUCAGAACUAAGAGGGGAGUCUUACAGGUUUGCUGAGAAAAUGCUUCUUUCAGAAAAGCUAGAUGUGUCUCACUCUGACACUGAGGAGUCGGCUACAGACCACGCUGUAGCCCUUAGUGUGGAGCUACAGGGGUCUGAUAGGCGAUCCAGGGACAAAGUAGCCCCCAAGAGAGAGAUCCUCUCCAAAAUCUAUAAAGAUGUGUCCGAAAAUGGUCUAGGGAAGGUGCCCAAAGAUGAGCCCUUUGAUAAAGUGACAGUCUUGCACUACACGGGAGAUGUUAGUAGCCCCAAACAUGCCAUGUGGAUGCGCUUUACUGAGGACAGAUUAGACAGAGGUAGAGAGAAGUUGCUAUAUGAAGACAGGGUGGACAGGACCGUUAAGGAGGCAGAAGAGAAACUGACCGAAGUGUCCCAGUUUUUCCGGGACAAAACAGAAAAGCUGAAUGACGAGCUGCAGUCUCCCGAGAAAAAGGCUCGCCCCCAGAAUGGCAAGGACGCCCAUUCUCCCCAGAGCUCCGCCAGCAGCAGCCCCGAGAAGUUACCGCUGACCGAGUCGCUGACCGCCAGCGACGACGGGGCUAAAGCCAGGCAGCCGGGGCGUGACGGGAAGGGCUUCCCCAAGGCCGAGGAGAGAAGGGCGGCCAGUCUGCCCAGCAGUCCUGAGCGGAAGCUCCUGUCCAAACAGACUGAGGAUGGCCCCCUGACCGGGGAGCCCCGAGGAGGAGAAGGAGGAGGAGGAGGAGGAGGUACUUCCCAGAGCAAAGCCGCCGAGGGCGGCUUCCAGCUCAAACAAUCCAAACUCAGUUCCAUCCGUUUAAAAUUCGAACAGAGCAUCCAUCCGAAAAGCAAAGACGUGUCUGCAGAAGAAAGAAAGCCGGACGGCCCGUCCAAAAUCCCGAUUAAAAAAGUCCAGGAAAGCAAACUCCCCCUUCACCAAGCGUACAGUAGAGAAAAGCCGCCGAAGGUCGCCGGCCCUGCAGAGGGAGGUGGAUCUUUGCAAAGGGAACUGCCGGCCACAAAACGAGAGCAGCCCCAAAACGGGGAAGCGGCCGUAGGCGAGGCCGGCUCUGCCGAGGUCGAGAGACCGAGAACUGAAACGUCCAGUCCGUCGGUGCCUGAGCGUUACGCUGAGCCGCAGCCCAAAGACUUGGCCCAUAGCGUGAGCUCAGACUUGGCGACUAAGGGACCGUGGGACAAAAAGAUUUUUAGAACAUGGGAAAGUUCAGGGGCGACUAACCAUAAGGCGCAGAAAGAAAAACUCUCCCAUGUCCUUGUUCACGAUGUGCAAGAAAAUCACGUUGACCGCCCCGAGAAUCAGGGUCUCGAUUCCAAGAGCGAGUCGAUCUCUGUGUCUGAGAGAGAACACCCGUUGCUAACCAAUGGAGCUCACUCCGAAAUUAAGGAAGUGACUGUAAAAUCUCCAUCCAAAAAGGUUUUGUAUAGGGAGUUUGUGGUUAAAGAAGGGGGGCGCACCCCCGAGACUGGUGACCAGGCACCCCAGAAAGGCGAAGGCACGGCCGUGUCACACAUCCCGGUCCGAAUUGCCGAGGAGAGGAAAAUGUUAUCAUCCUCUGCCAUUCCCGAUGGUUUCUGUGACCAAUCCAAAUUCCCCCGAUAUGAACUGUCCCCCAAAUCGCCCCAGUCCAGUUUGAGUAAAGAGACAUUUGAGACCCAUCAGCUCAACUCUGUAAAAGAGGAAAAGGUCACUUAUUCCGAGAUCAGUAAAAUCUCCAAGCAUCAGAGUUACGUAGGGUUGUGUCCUCCCCUGGAGGAAACCGAGACCUCCCCUACCAAAUCUCCCGAUUCCCUAGAAUUUAGCCCAGGCAAGGAGUCUCCCUCCAGUGAUUUAUUUGACCACAGUCCCAUGGAUGGGUUGGCAAAGGCGGCACCAUUAGCAGAGACAGAGGGAGGGAAGGAAAUAAAGACUCUGCCCGUUUAUGUUAGUUUUGUCCAAGUAGGAAAACAAUACGAAAAGGAAGUGCACCAAGGAAACGUAAAGAGAAUUGUAAGUCAGGAAUGUAAAACAGUGCAGGAGACCCGAGGGGCAUUCUAUACCACCAGACAGCAAAAGCAGCCCCCCUCUCCCCAAGGGAGCCCAGAAGAUGACACUCUAGAGCAGGUGUCCUUCUUGGACAGCUCUGGGAAGAGCCCCUUGACCCCAGAAACCCCCAGCUCAGAGGAAGUGAGUUACGAAUUUACUUCUAAGACCCCUGACUCACUUAUAGCUUAUAUACCAGGCAAGCCCAGCCCAAUUCCUGAGGUUUCUGAGGAGUCAGAGGAGGAAGAGCAGGUUAAAUCGACUUCCCUAAAACAAAUGGCAGCCAUUGACCUAGAAAUGUCCAGCCCUCUGAGCAAAGACUCUCCCAAAAGAUCCAAAGGUAACAGAGUCGCCUAUAUUGAGUUUCCGCCUCCCCCGCCACUGGAUGCGGACCAGGCAGAGCCAGAGAGGAAGCCUCCUUAUUCACCCGAGAGGGAGGUAGAAAUGACCGAAGUCAGCCUCCAGGACGAGCAUGACAAAUACCAGCUGGCCGAGCCCGUCAUCCGAGUGCAGCCCCCCUCUCCGGUUCCUCCCGGGGCGGAUGUCAGUGACUCCAGUGACGAUGAAUCCAUCUACCAACCCGUCCCGAUAAAAAAGUACACUUUCAAGUUAAAGGAUGUAGAAGACGAUCAGAAAGAGGCUUCCAAGCCCAAAAGUUCUGAAAAGGCACCCGCUGCGAAAGAGUCGGGAAGCCAUGGCUCUAGGAAGGAAAGCGAACUGGACAUCGGCCUCGAUUCGCCCCAAAAUGAGAUAGCCCAGAAUGGGAACAACGACCAGUCCAUCACCGAGUGUUCCAUAGCCACCACAGCCGAGUUCUCUCAUGACACAGACGCGACCGAAAUCGAUUCUCUGGACGGCUACGACCUGCAAGACGAAGACGAUGGCCUCACGGAGAGCGAUUCGAAGCUCCCUGGCCAAACCGUUGAGAUAAAAAAGGAUGUGUGGAACACGGAGGGUAUUUUAAAGCCAUCUGACCGCUCUUUUAGUCAAAGUAAGCUUGAAGUGAUUGAGGAGGAGGAGGGCAAGGUAGGGCCCGAGGAAGAAAAGCCACUGUCCAAAGGCUCCGCGUCAGACAAGUCUCCCGAUAAAACCGAGCAGAAGUCAGGGACCCAGUUUUUCACCCUGGAAGGCAGACAUCCCGAUAGGUCUGUGUUUCCAGAUACCUAUUUCAGCUACAAGGUAGAUGAAGAAUUUGCCACCCCUUUCAAGACAGUAGCCACCAAAAGUCUAGAUUUCGAUCCUUGGUCUAAUAACCGGGGUGACGAUGAAGUGUUUGAGACCAAAUCCAGGGAAGACGAAUCCAAGCCAUUCGGUCUGGCGGUAGAAGACCGCUCUCAAGCCACGACCCCAGAUACCACCCCAGCCAGAACGCCAACCGAUGAAAGUACCCCAACUAGUGAACCCAACCCCUUCCCAUUUCACGAAGGGAAGAUGUUUGAGAUGACUCGCAGUGGCGCAAUUGACAUGAGCAAGAGGGAUUUUGUUGAAGAGAGGCUCCAAUUUUUCCAGAUUGGUCCGCAAAGUCCAUGCGAACGGACAGAUAUCAGGAUGGCCAUUGUGGCUGAUCAUCUGGGACUGAGCUGGACAGAACUGGCGAGAGAACUGAAUUUUUCCGUGGAUGAGAUCAACCAAAUCCGUGUAGAAAAUCCAAAUUCUUUAAUUGCUCAGAGCUUCAUGUUAUUAAAAAAAUGGGUUACCCGAGAUGGAAAAAAUGCGACAACUGAUGCCUUAACUUCUGUCCUGACAAAAAUUAACCGAAUAGAUAUAGUGACCUUGCUGGAAGGACCAAUAUUUGAUUACGGAAAUAUUUCUGGCACCCGGAGCUUUGCAGAAGAGAACAAUGUUUUUCAUGAUCCUGUGGAUGGUUGGCAGAACGAGACCUCCACGGGCAGCCCCGAGCCGCCGAUGCCAGGGCGCAGGAUAGCUGGUGGGUUACUGGACCGCCUGGAUGACAGUCCCGACCAAUGUAGGGAUUCUAUUACCUCAUAUCUCAAAGGAGAAGCCGGCAAAUUUGAAGCCAAUGGCAGCCACCCCGAGGCCUUUCCCGAAAGCACGGCCAAGCCUCACGUCCAAGAAUCCCAGAACGACAUUGGAAAGCUGAGGGACAAGGAGCCUCUGAAACCAAAAACCCCAGGUUCUGGCCGCAGCGACGGACCGGUAGCCUACCAGAAAUCUGUGGAAGAAAGUAGCAAGCAUUUAGCAGAUGAGAUCAAAACCUCUGUGCCUGUCAGUGUGAAAAAGAUGAAUAGGACUUCUUCCGGGGAUGCAAAGCCACGGCUAAACCUCCACGAGGAAGAAGGAGCCGUCGUGCCUGAGCACAAGCAGGGAGAAGGUUAUAAGGUGAAGACAAAGAAAGAAAUCCGCCCUGUGGAAAAGAAGAGCCACUCAUAACAGCAGGACGGUGAACGGAGUAUAUGCUUUUACUGCCAGUAUUCAAGAGAGAGAACCAUGGAAGAAAGUCAACAGGAAUUAGAAAUCCACCGAGGAGAAUGUGUGCGUGUGUGUGGAUGAGUGUGUGUGCGCGUGCGUGUGCGUGUUUGCUGCUUGCACACAUUAAUCGCAUGGUUUAUGAGCAAAAAGAAAGAAAGAAAAAGAAAAAAAAGGGAAGAAAAGACACGCCCCGCACAUUUUAAUUUCGCAUGAGCAUGGAAUCCCCUCUCAUUCCCGGGAUCGGAGGAGAGCGCACCAUUGUGAUGCAGCACACACACAAGACACUGACCACACUCUUACCAGCCUCGUUUGACGUCAUCACAAAAGAUCCCAAUUCCUGUGGCCAGACUGGACUGGACAGAAGUGACUGAAAGACACUCAGAUGGCUAACCCCACAGCAGCUCGCCUUAUUUCUCUUGGACCCAAACUGUCAGGGCAUAAACACUGUUUAUUUCUUUUUUAAAACAUCGAUAGUUUUGCUGUAAAUAAAUAACACUGUAUAAAUUCUAACAGAAAAAUAGAAUAAAUAUGGAUAAGGCACUGCCUCUUAGGACACAAACGAAAUAUCACAAAUGCAUUUAACAGAAUAGGUGGUCCAGGGGGCUUCACCUAUCGGGGAGACUUGGGGCCGGGGAUGGGUGGGAGUGGGCAUCUUCAUUGUAUAUUAGCAAUUAUAAUGUUUGUAUAUGCAAAAACUGCUAGCUUGAUUUUAAAAAAAUCUUUAAAAUCUGCUGCAAAUUUAAAUGAUUCCCAAAAUGAGGAAUUCUGUAGUUCUGUGAAAAUUUUUCUGCAGAGUACUAAUAUUUUGAAGCAUGUGUAUCACCUUAUUUUGAUUAAAAUCUUUUCCAAUUUUGCAAACACUACAGUAUACCGCGACACGAAAGAGGAGAUUUUAUCUGUAAACACAACACCCUUCAUCUACUAUUUGUUGCUGUUGCCAAUUUUUCAAUGAAACAACCUAAAAAAAGGAACAAAAAAAAAAAGACUACCGUAGUUGCUUUCUGGGGAGGGGGGAUGCUAACUGUUACUGCUUACAAAGGGGGGUUAAUGCUUGCAGCUUUAGAGAUGGGUUGGUGCUCAAUAGAAGCACAAGUUUGGGGUAUUUAAAAACAAAUGAACUGAACAGAAAAUAUUAGCUCAUAGACUGGCAGCACGCUGUAAAAUUAUUACCGUCUUGUGUACUGGCACUCACAUGUAGAAUCUUCCAGCAAGCCAAUCAUCUGUAACCAUUCUAACAGUGUAAUAUUAGGUUCUUAAGGCUGCUGUGUUUUAAGGGGCAUUUUUAUUUGGGUUUUGGUGAAAUAUUUUAAUUUGUUGAUUAUAUUCAUAUCAAAACAGCAUUCAUUGACAAAUAGCUCUAAUGACAUAUGUAUGAAAAAAAACCACACUGGAUGAUCUAGUUAAUUAUUUAAGCAUAAAAAUAAAUUGUGUUAAAACUCUUCA